AUUUCUCAAGAGAAAUGUCAAUCAACGUCAUCGGGGUUUUCUAUAGCGCGCGCUCGCUGUUUGGCUUGCUGGCAUUGCUGGCUAGCUGUACUGUCGAGACGUGGCCGCGGCCGGCCCGUCCGGCGCCGUAGGCCGCCGGGGCGGGCCCUGGCGCACAUGCAUGGUCAAACCGUAAACAUUACAUUCAGCGCAACGGAACCCACGUAUCACUUCUCACUGCUUCUGCGAUCUGCAUUACUUACAUUGUCAUUUUACUGCCUUAAUUGCCGGUUCAAACGGUAGUCGAAGUAUGGACCAGGAGGUGAAAGUUCGUUUGAAAAGAGGAAAAACAGACUCCGAAAAAAAGGCGACGAGGAGAGAGCGCAACAAAAGAUACGGUCAGAAAACGUUUCAGGUUCCAGUUGAACUCACGAAGGAGCUGAGGAGAAUCGGCGAAGUGGAAGGGUUGUCAUCCGACAGGGAUGUUCUAUCCCAUCUCGUAUCUAUAUUUGUAGGUACAAAGAAGAAAGACCAAGCAACCCAAACCAUUCAAGAUGUAUUCAACUGUUGCCACUGUGGUCUACCUCAAGUCAGCAAACCCAUGCCACCAUUAGCAAGGAUACAACCUGCAAGUCAGCAUCUUGUGAGCUGCCAGCCUACCAAACCUUGUCAACAGACAGUUCUUUUGGCGGCAGGAAUAAGGAUUCAGUCGGGACAACAGCAGACUAUUCAGCGUAGCGAUGACAUUUAUCGCCCUCCUCCUCUCUCGGGUGUGCAGAAGCCUUCCACCGUUAAAGUCAUCAAGGUUAUAAAAUCGAAAGGAGGAGUUCAGGGGCAACUGUCAGGCACUUGUUCUCAUGCUGUGACAAAUGUAAUGCCAAGUGGUCAUCUGCUACUUGGAACCCCGACAGGAUCAUCUGUGUCCUCAGUAGGUGCUGCCACAGGGUCGGGUAAGAACCUCCGAACGAUAGUUGUAGACGUGCCUGCUACAAAAUCAUCAGGAUUUCUCAGGAAUGUCCCAACAGCUCUUAACAAACUUUCAACAUCAUCAGUAUUGCGCCCUUUCAAGCAAAGCAACACCGCUUCAUUGUCAAAUCUGGUUGAUCCAUUGUCUUGUGGUGGCAUACGUAUCUCUGAAUCAAUUCCAGUGGUGAAAACUGAACCGCCUGAAGACCUUGAGCAGUUGCGUGGUCCAGCGUUCAGACAAACCAAAUGUGUUGACGAAAACGAUGACGAUGAGGAUCACGUCUACGAUGACGGUAACAUAAAUUUGGACCACGAGAAAGAACUAGAGUCUACCAAAGAGGUUUGUGAAUCGGUAGAUCAUCCUGCGACAGUUACCGUGAAAAAGGAAGUUUUCUCUGAUGUAGAACAACCGGACACAAAGCUUUCUGAGGAGGAGGAAUUCCUGUAUGAUCCAACGCAGGAUCAAGGAAGCAAGGCUGGGCAGUCUUCUGGAAGUGGAGGGCUUGCAGAAGAUGAGAAAGCAGAUGCUGAAAUGGAGGAUGAAGAGGAGGAAGUUUUCUCUGAUGUAGAACAACCGGACACAAAGCUUUCUGAGGAGGAGGAAUUCCUGUAUGAUCCAACGCAGGAUCAAGGAAGCAACGCCGGGCAGUCUUCUGGAACUGGGGGGCUUGAAGAAGAUGAGAAAGCAGAUGCUGAAAUGGAGGAUGAAGAGGAGGAUGAGGAUUACAAUGAAAUGGAAGACGAGAUGGAAGACGAAAUGGAAGAUGAGGAAGAGAUCGACUAUGAAAAACAGGAGAAGGCUGACCCUACCUAUGAUCCAUCAAGCAGUAGGGGCAAAUCUUCGGUUCGGCGUUCAAAGAAAGGCAAAGAUAAUUCAGAUCCUACGAGUUCUGAGGAUCAAGGUAGCCUUCAAAAGGAUCCUGUAAGGGAUGGAAACACUGGUGUUGGGUUUCCAGAUAAACCAGAACGAUUCAGGAAAGGUUGGAGUCGCAGGGGUUCUCGUAUAGGGUUUCCAUACCCAGGCAAUUGCCCUCUCAUGUGUUCUUACGUUUGGAAGUCUGCCGCCGAUAAAACCAGCCAUAUGAUGACCCACCUACCUGUAAAUAAGGGUCGGGAAGCCUUCAAGGAUGCUAUUGAAUCUUUGGAGAAGAGGAUUGGCAACGAGUACACGCACAACAUGGGAUGGUGUGAUGAGUGCGAUAAGUUCAGCGCGUGUCUCCCGUCUCACCUGAAGAGCGUCCACCGAAGACGGGACAAGCUGUGCACGCAAUGUGGAAAGAUGAUCAGGGUCGGCGCAACGAAGAGCCACAUGCUGACUCACGUUCACGUCGAUGAGAAGGACUACGCCCAGUGUCCCAUGUGCCCUGCAAGGGUGAAGCAUCGAGAAUACCUGAAGCAACACAUGAGCCGUUGUCACUUUGGGAAUGAUGAAAGGAGUUUCACGUGCUCGACUUGUGGGAAGAAUUUCAGGUCCCAGCAUGCUCUCAACAAACAUAUAGUUAUUCAUAGUUCCGUGAAACCGUUCCCGUGCACGGAGUGCGACAAGGCAUUUAGUCAGCGAAGCAACCUGAAGAUCCACAUGCGACAGCAUACGGGACACAAGCCGUACGGAUGCGAGAUCUGCGAGGCCACUUUUACCAAUAAAGUCAGCUUGAAAAACCACAAGAAGAAACUUCAUGGCAUCGACUGGUGGAAAGACAGAGAAUCGUUGAAAGAUGAUGAUCUUGAGACAACCGAGAGUCUGACCUCAUAAAAAAUGAUUCCCCAGCAUGAUCUUGGUGAAGAAUGUCUUGAAGGCCUGAUGAUGACAUCAACUUCAAUGAGAGCAACGACAGUCUUGAAUUUACAUCUAGCAGUGAAGAGGACAAACCCCGUCGAAUGAGAAAGCAGGCCAAGAGUAAAAAGAGUAAACCAACUUUUAAGUUCCCCAAAGAAUGUCCAGUCUGUUCAGAGGCGGUGGAAAUCAAACCAGAAAUGAUCAAACAUUUUGAAACGCACAUCCCGGUGGGAGAGGGCUCGGAUGCUAUCAAGAAGGCUGUGAAACUGAUCCAGAGCAAGUUGAAAAAGGGACACCAAUAUAACAUGGGUUGGUGCGAAGAGUGCAAGAAACUGUGCAUGAACUUCAGGGGUCACUUCAUGUUAUGCCACACUGCAACUCUUCACAAGCUGUGCCAUCACUGUGGGAAGGUGGUGAAUGCACGGAUGGAAGAUCAUUUGAUCUCUCACAUGGAGGUGGACGAAAGCGAUUACGUCCAGUGUUCCCGGUGUCAGUUGAAAUUCAAGCACAAGAAAUACCUUGCAGCUCACAUGAACCGGGUCCAUAGGUUGAAGAGGACUCUGCAGUGCCCCACCUGUGGAAAGAUGUUCAAACGCGCUAACGAACUGAGUAAGCAUAAAGUGAUUCAUGCCGCAACAAAGCCUCACCCGUGUUCGGUUUGUGACAAGGCGUUUACCCAGAAAAGCAACCUGAUGAUCCACAUGCGACAGCAUACGGGAGACAAGCCGUACGUCUGCGAGGUCUGCGAGGCGGCUUUUGUCAAUAAAGUCAGCUUGAAAAACCACAAGAAGAAACUUCAUGGCAUCGACUGGUGGAAAGACAGAAGCGUUGAAGGAUCAUGAUCCCGAUCCUGAAAAGACUCACAGUCCAACCUUGUAAACAGUGCUUGCAUUGCACCAUCUUGCUCAAGCAUGACUAGAGGUCGGUCAUCAAUACAUGUACAUUUCAGUCAGACUAUACAUUUCAGAGUUAUGCUCCUUCAGGAGAAAUUGAGCUUGUCCUUAGCCUUAUACGUCAAGCCCUUGGCAUCGGCCUUUAUUGCCUUUGAGGUCUGAAAAGUCCUUGGCCUUGGCCUCUGGCGUUGGUAGGCAUGGAUUGGCGAACAUACAGAAUCAUUGAUGGUAGACCAGGGCCCCGUCUUACAAAAAGUUACAAUUGAUCCAAUCAGUUGUAACUCUAUGGAAAUCCAUCAGUGUCAGAAUUUUUUUCUACAGGAAAUUUGCAAACUGUCCUUUGUUUGUAAACAAAGGAGAACACACCAAAUUGUCAAGAUAUCAAUUAAUUUGUGGAUAUACAAUCAUAUCUUGAAUUUUCUUUUGAACAAACAUGCAUUUUAUAUGUUGACUUUGCUGGCUUUCCGUAGUUGCGAUUAAUCGGAUUGAUCACAACUCUUUGUAAGAUGGGGCCCUGAGGGAGAAAAAUAAAGGUGAUGAGUCAAGCAAGGAGAAACUGAAUUCAAAUACAUUGAAGAUAUGGAAAGAAUGCCAUGAAGAGUCAAGUUAGUGGUUUUCAGUGAGUAAUUCAGAUGCAGUGGAUUCCAGUAGCUUAUAACAAUACUCGAUGAAAAUCACAGACUAUUUGUUUCAUGGAAUGCUUCCUAGGUAGGUACAAAGAACCACCCCUUUUAAUAGGUACGGAACGAUGCUCACAUACAUGUAAUGUGCCAAGAUUGGGUAUACAUUUCAUGGCCCCGUCUUACAAAGACCGUCGAUUGAUCCAAUCAAUCGUGACUCUAUGGAAAUCCAUCAAUGUCAUAAUUUUCCGUACAGAAAAUUUGCACAAUGUUUUUUGUAAACAAAGAGAAGCACAGCAAAUUUUCAAGAAAACAAUGCAUUCAUAUACAUCAGAGUUAGAAAAUAUUUUGAAUAAACAUGCAUGAUAGAUGUUGAUGUUGCUGGCUUUCCAUAGUUGCGAUUGAUCAGAUCAGUCGCAACUCUAUGUAAGACGGGGCCUAUAUAUCACAUUUUUAGGGGGCAAGUUUCAUAUUACGGUAGAUAUAGAAUUAUAUUUAUCUUCUUUUGUAAACAGGCAAACUCUGUAAACCACUGUAAUUUUGCUGGAUGAGAGUUUAAUACAUCCAUAUAACAUAUAAACAAUUCUGUUCAAAUGAGCAAAAGGUGAUGUUGGGGGGGGGGGGGGGUCGGGACACCCCUUCCCCUUGAUUUUCAAAUGUUGAAGUAGAAGAAAUAAAAAGAGGGAAAAUCAAAGAUAGUAAAGAAAAGUGAUAGCUACGGCUUGUAAAUAUGUAUUUAUACCGUAACCAUAUUUCUAAAGUUG